AUAUCUUAAUAGCGGUAGGUAGUAAUUUACUACCUACCUAUUACCUGUAAGUCUUUGCUUUAAGGAUCUACCUACCUAGAAAAUUAUUUCUAAUUGGGGCGAGCCAAAAAUAAUUUAUCAGGACUGUCAGUCGAUGUCAUUCGAAGUGUCAAACCAAAUUGUAAUUCUAGUCGGGCCUACCUAGACAAUAUUUUAUAAUUUUUAUUAAAGUUUUAUUAUAUAUAUAUAUAUAUAUAUAUUUAAAUUAAGAAUUAAAUUAGAAUUUUACUACAGAGUUAUAGUUACUUCAAUGUUCUUCUCUAUUUCAUAUUAAGUUAUCCAUCUCGAGCGAUUACUGUGUUAUCAAGUAUUUGUAUGUUUAUAUUUCACAUUCUGUAAACAAACAUCUUUUCUGAAUCAUGUCUCGUCGGUCAAUAUUCUUAUUCGCCGCGUUAAUAGUGAUGCUUUAUUUCUCUAUAAUCUUAUUUAUGCUAAGCCCUUUACAUGGGGCCAAAAGUGCAUAUUAUGGGAACAGUUAUAUGAAUCAUUUUGCUUACCGUCAACUACCCCAAGUGGUCUGGUGUAAAGAGCUCAAAUGGCGAUCUCCGCCGUCACCUAAUGUGGUUGCGCUCGUCUCUUACCCUGGAAGUGGAAAUACAUGGCUUAGGUACCUGUUACAACAAGUUACAGGUGUAGUGACAGGCUCAAUUUAUAUGGAUUAUGGUCUGCGGGUGCAUGGUUUUCCAGCAGAAAACAUAACCGAUGGCUCAGUUCUUGUAGUGAAAACCCACGAAAUACCACCACUUGAGUCUGACAAGUUUAAAUCUGCUAUUAUAUUAAUGAGAAACCCACGGGAUGCAAUAUUGGCGGAUUUUAACAGACUGCACAAGGGGCACAUUGGUACUGCUCCAAAGUCAGCUUUUAGGAUGAAAUCUUCAGAGUAUAAAAAGACAGAUUGGGCUACCUACGUCAUGAGCCAGCUGGUAGUGUGGGAGUCGUUGCACCGCAUGUGGUUCACCAAGUUCCAGGGACCUAUACAUAUCGUGUUCUAUGAAGUCCUGGUAUCUGAGACGCGGAACACACUGCAGGGAAUUUUGAAUUUCUUAAACUACACUGUGUCUGAGACUGACAUGGAUUGUGCGAUGAAACACAAAGAAGGCAUAUACAGACGAAAGAAAAAGCUUCAAGACUUCGAUCCAUUCACUCCUGCUAUGUAUAAGGCCAUAGAGGUAUCCCGAAGUCGGGUACUCAACAUAAUAAAAUAUUAUCAAAAAACGCAUAAUUCUAACACACAAUAGACAGACGUAUCAUUGUGUAUUAUAGAGAUAAAAUGUGCAUAUCAAAUAACCCCCUUAUUCAUAAAAACAUCAAACCACUUGUAAAACUAUUUUAGCUAUUUGUCUCUUUCUUUUAUACUAAAUUCCCAAUAGGAAAGAAAGUGACAAAACAGUUUAUUUAAAGUAGAUUCGUAGGUUUUAGUUUUUAUGAAUAAGGGCUUAAGUAUAUAUACAAUAUGCUGCCACCGGUAACUGCAUUAUGAAAUUACAUUAUAUGGAGUCGUAACACUAUAGUCUACAAUAAUGGCAACACAUGAGUGUUACCGUGGUACCACAGGGUAUUUUGUGAUGUCCAUGGUGCCGUUUAUGUUUUUAGGUGAUGGUUAUCACUUUCUAUCAUGUGGGUUUUCAGCUUAUUUGCCAUUCUAAGUCUCAUAAAAAAAAUCACAGAAUUAUUGAAUAAUCUUCAACUUUUGAACGGAAUGUAAUGAAAUGGUAAUAUCACCUGUGCUACUCUUUUACUCUUUGUGGACGAGGUGCUAGUGAAGAAUGAUAAAGUAAAAAUAAAGUCAAGUCAUUAGGCCUGUUGAUUUCAGCACCAAACCCAAUUCCGGUUGGUGGGAUGCCACCAACCGGAACCAAAUUCCAGGUGGGGCGUGGAGAUCGAUUUAGCCGGAUAUAUUGCUGGCAAUAAGAGUUGAUGUCGGUCUGGCGACGGGUAGUAAAACUAAAAGUCUUGAGUAACAUUACGUCGAUCCCAAAUAAUAUAAUAAUUAGUAUAAAGCUAAGAAGAUGAAGAUAUUGCUAGCAAUAGAUCUAUUGAUUUUUUAUUUUUAUUAUAUAUUAAAAAAUACUGGUGGCAGUUUUUUGUAUUACUUACGUAGAUAGGUAGGUCUUAGUUAUUUCCGCAGUUAGCAAAAUACGUGGUUGUGUUUCAGUCUGAAGGAUAAUAUUGCCAGUAUAAUCUUUGUCACGAGACACAUAACACAUUAGUCCUUAAAGGCAUUCAUAAUUUUAGCUUGACAAAGUGUGGCAAUGUCGCAAUUGUCAGUCAAAUUUCAAAAACAAUUGGACGCUGGCAACACUUAAGGUGUCACGUGCGCGUUUCCAAUCCUGAAGGAACCUUAAUACAUCCUUUUUGAUGAUUACGCUUGUGACCCUCUUACAUCGUCCUAAUAACUAAUCGGAGUAGACGACUGAGGUGGUAUGUGUUUUGUAGAUACACUGUGUAUGAUGUAAUCUUAGAUUAUAUAGAUCGAGUGUCAAAAUAUCUAGAGAGCUAAACUGACAUUUGGUUGACAAUUUUUUUUAAUCUAAACAUAACGCGCCAUUUGUUCAAUGUUGCCAUUAAUCAGAUUUAAAAUUUCUUAGAUCGAAUCCAUUCUUUAAAUGUGAAUCUUUAUAUGUGAAUUUUUCCCAUAUAUUAAGUAAUAAAUUUACACUAUGGUAACCCUAAGGACACUAUUUAUAUAAUCUAAGGAUAUAAUGUACUUAAGCAGACUGUAGAAUUGUAAAACUGCUUGUCUAGUCAUUCUUGCUUGAUGGCCAAUAGCCUUAAACUGUUAUUGUUAAAGUAAUACAACUAAUUAGUAAGCGGUUACUAAAACUCGUUACUAUAUACACUAAAACUAAUAUACUAUUAGUAAAUAUGUGAGAAGGUAAUAUCAUAACCUAUAUUAUAUAAUAUAAUGAUAUUUAAAUUAUUUAAGAAGCGAAAGAGGUUUGUUUGAAUCGAAGCAUUUGGCGUUCCAUUGUUUCUGCCUACCCUAAUGGGAGACAGGCGUGACAGAUAUAUAUGUAUGUAUGUAUAUUUAAAUUAUGUUAUACAGAUAGGUUGUAUAUUGCUCAAUACCUAUAGGAAAUUUAAUAGGUUCAUAUAUACAUUUUUGGUUUAAAAAAAAAAGGAUUUUUUAGACAAAUUUCUAUUCGACAUCAAAGUGAGAGACCACCAGAGGGAGACUUUGUACAAAAGUCGAUUGCUUGGGUACCUGUGUCCUAUUCGUGUUUCAACCGUGAAGCAGUUGUGUUUGCAUGGCUGUGUUUCGGUUUGAAGGGUGGGAUAUGGCGUGAAUUUACUGGGUACAAUAACACCUGAGUCCUCAGGAAUGGCAACGCAUGGGGGGUAUCAUGGGCGAGACAGUAUACUCUGUUAUGUCCAUGAUACUGCUCAAGUCUAUAGGCGACGGUUACCACUUUCCAUCAGGUGGACCGUCAACUUGUUUGCCAUUCUAAGUUGUAUAAAAAAAAACAGUGAAAUCUUUAUUGUAAGGACCAAUAUAAACUAAUUUUCUAAUAGAUUUAAGUCCAUAUUAUUCAAAUUUUAUUCAAAUUCAAGUUAUAUUUAUUCAGAUAGACUUGUUUACAAGCACUUUUAAAUCGUCAGUUUUUUUUUUUUAUUUACUGCACUGCACUACACACUGCACUGAGUUCGGAAAGUUGUUAUCUGGUGAGAAGAGCCCGCGAGAAGCUCAACAGUUACUCUUUUAAAUCUCUGUUAACAUUAUGUGUAUUUAUUUAAAUGUACUAUGUCUAAAAUUACAUGGUCGUUAAAACCCAUGCAUGAUCGACUAACACCAUGUAUAGUUGUUAUUCAAAUUUAUUAUAACAUUUUAAAAUGUUCCAAAAAUACAGUAAGUUAAAUGCACUUAACCUAAGUUGAGAGAUAAAUUUAGAGAAAUGGCAACUCCAAAUCGGUUCCAAUGUUUAAAAUUGUUUGCAGUAUAAUUAAACACUUUGCAUCUAUUAUAAGUAUGUACAUAAAUUUAACUCGCAGAGUUUUCUAUGAAAUAGUAAACGUAACUCAUACUUACAGUUUUACUUACAUUUUCAAAUUUGAAGCUGCUCAUGUCGUUACUAGUCUAGUCAUUUGUUUUUUACUUAUUAAGGCCUACGUAGACAAUAGACACAUCGGCCUAUAUUUUUAUAUCUAAAUACAAUACUUUGAAUUAAUUGUUUACUUGAUUAAAAAUAUUUUCAAUUCUGCUACCAUUAGUGUGACUGCUAACAUUCGAAGAUUGACUGACUACUAUUAUUAUUACCAGAAAUUCUAUAAUCUUCCAUAUUAGUCGUCAAUUUCCGACCGUUAUUCAGUCCACGCACGUUUUACGUCACAAAUUUCACCUUUAAACGAGAUAUCUUCAGGCAAUUUUACAGCUUUUACCUGAAGAUGCCUCGUUUUGGUCGCAGUAUUAUUUAAUAUAUUAUGACAUUAGAAUACAGAAAACAUACGCAAUACUACCUUCCUAAUAGUUUUUUUUAUUAUUUAUUGUAUUUUUACUAGUACUCAUAGUCCUAAACUCCACCCAUACACGGCGAUAUUGAUUGUACCCGGAAGGCUCAGAUCGUCGGAUGUACACCAUACAAUUCAGGGGUGGUCACAGAACUAUCCCCUCCAUGUAAACGGGUCUUAAAUUUGCGGCAUAACGUUUUUUUUUUUUUUAUAGCAAUAUAUCUAGUCAAUAAUUUACUUAAAACUCUCGACGGUGUUCACUGAAAAUACACAUAGAAAUAUGUAAGAAUGUUUAAAUAUUUUUAUUUAAUUAUGUGAAUUUUAUUUUAGUUUAUUGUUCAUAAAAAUCUUAAUAUAAGACUACUUUGCCUGUAUAUGAACGCCUGCCGAUUGAGAUCACUUUUUUUUCCAAUUCUGUAUGAUUAUAACUUACAGAUAUAAUCGAAUCUAUCGAAAUAAUGAAUGUAAUUUAACUGUAUGUGUAUAUAUAUAUAUAUA